AUGCAAUCCGGUGGUAUUUCUGACGGUCCGACCCUUUCAAUAUUUAGUAAAACAAAAGUCAACAUGUUUAAAUAUUCAACAUUUGUCCAUGAGAUCAGAGAAAAACGAAGUUUUAAUUCUACCAUACGGUAUUUAAGAUUAUUAAAAAAAAAAAAUUAUCUUGAAGAUCCAACAUCAUCAAUCUCAGUUGGAAUUGAAUUAGAAGAAUGUGAAGAUAAUAAUGAUGACGAUGACAAAAAAGAAGAGACAUGUAAAAGAGAAAAUGAAAGUAAUGUAAAAGAAAAUGAAUAA